AGGAUCUGCAAAAAGCAAGGGACUGCUCCGAUCGUGUGGAGUAUGAGCAGCAUAUCUCCUUAUCAGCAUCCUCUGCACUCCGCUUUUCCAUAGCGGCGCUCGUGCGGAGAUGGACAGCAGUAACCCCCUCAUUUCAAUGCCGCCACAAGAUGUCAUCCUCCCCAUGUCAGAGAGCCAAACCUCCAAAUAUUCUCUCGGUCCUUCCCGACGUCAAUGGCUCCGACAGCAGCUCAGCAACCCGGGAAUACCGCGCAGGUAUAUAUGCCAGACGGGCCACUGGCGAAGAGGCGACGCGUAGCCCUGGCAUGCAGUGCAUGCCGUGCGCGAAAAUCAAAAUGCGAUGGGCGGCGACCAUCGUGCUCAACAUGCGCCUCACUUGAAAUCGACUGCUUGUACGAGCCAUCCGAGUCGACGACGAAUGUCCUCGUGCGCAAAGACUAUGUAUCCGAUCUUGAACAGCGCCUCAAGGACGUCGAGCGUGUGUUGCAGCGACAUGAUGAUCUUCUAACAGGGCAUCUCUCUGCGUGUUCCCCGAAUAGCCAGCGAGUCUCUACUGCACGGAUCGACGAUCGCUCGAGCAUCAGCACGGUCGGUCGGCUACACGAUGGAAUUCAUCUUCAGCCUCUGAAUGUCGACGACCCAGCCGCGGACGACACCAACACAGAUGGGCUCGCACUCGGAUUUGUAGAGGAAACUACUCCAGUAUUUUACGGUGAUUCGUCAAGCAUUGUGUUCACUCGUUGUCUUCUCGAAGCCAUCGCGACGGUUUCAAAGCCCAAGGGGAGCGAGGACACUCUGAUGGAGGCAGCGUGCGAGAGGAAUAGCUCUACGGACUGCAAUCCCGCGCCAGUAGCUCGCCCGCAAUCUCCGUCAGUCAUGGAGUCGCCUAGGGAUAUAGCUUUCUCACCCACGGCACUGCCUUCGGAGGCGGAGAUGGAUGCGCUAUUGCGCACAUACUUCAGUGGCUACGGCUCUUUGUUUGCCUUUCUGCAUGAGCCCACAUUCAGAGAGACAUACGAUGAGUGCAAGGAAAAUGGCUUCCUCAGGGCUCGGAGAGGCUGGCUGGGCCUGCUGAAUAUGACAUUUGCAAUGGCUGCGCACAUCGAUCAAGCAGCAGACAGCUCUGCAAAGUAUCGCUUCAAAAGGUCGUACGUUUUCUUCCAGCGCGCUGUAUCUCUCUGCAGUGAGUCGUCCACGCGCACCGUCAGCCUUGACAUUGUACAAUAUCUCUUACUAGCCGCGCUGUAUCUCCAGGGGACACAGAGACCCAUCCAAGCGUGGACGGUGCAUGGGAUGCUCGUGCGAACAGCCAUGGCCUUGGGUCUGCAUUCCGAGAAAUCGAGUCAGGGACUUCAUCCGGUGCAACAAGAAGUCCGCCGCCGGACCUGGCUUACAAUAUAUUGCCUGGAUAAAAUUCAAAGUGUUCAGUGCGGACGUCCCCCGGCGGUACCGGACGAAUACAUCGUGGUGAAGAUGCCAUCACCGUGGCCUACCACCAUGGCCACGGGACGGGAUCAAGGGAAUGACGUAGAUAAUCAGACCGCAUUCCUCUAUGCGACCGUGCGCCUGCUCCAGGUCGUUGGCCAGUCCAUUCGGACACAGUACGGGCAGAAUCUAGGGCUGCGAGAUGACGAGGUCGACGACAGUACGGCGAUCCAGGCGGCCAGCGCCGUUCGACAGGAACUCCGGCGUUGGGCAUGUAGCCUCCCCCCGUCUCUUGCACUCUGUGAGUCCACAUCGUAUAUUCUCUCCGAAGAACACAGCAGCGAGUCCAGUCGGAUGCGGGUCAUUCUCACGCUGCGCUAUCACUUUGUCAAUAUCCUAAUCCAUCGCCCGCUGCUCUGUGCUACACUGCGUUACCUGACCAUCAAAGCGCCCCCAGCGGGAGCUCCAUUGCCAUACAGAAUGCAGCUUGCCAUGGCGGAAGCCCACGAGUGCAUUCGUUCUGCGGAGGAGACAAUCGAAAUAGUCCAUACGGUUAUCAGCGGAUCCAGUCCUUCCUACACCAAGUUGGAUGUUUGGUUCUUCACUUUGUUUCACGUAUUCAACGCUGCUCUGGUAAUCAUCGGGCGCUCCGUUUUGGAACAGCAGGGUGUGUAUAUCAACGACGGUGCCGGAUCUCCAAGCUCGGCCCAGCAGCACCUCAACCAAUCCGUAGAGGCUCUCGAUAAGCUCGACAAUGAAAACCGCUUAGUACGCAACUGCGCCAAGGUGAUCAGACGCCUUGCCCAGCCCCAGCAUGGCAAAGGCCAAGGGCCUACCCCUGCCGAGCAAUAUCCUCCUGCAAACCGCCACAUAGUCCAAUUUGAAACCGAAGGAGACCUGUCUUCCUUGGGGCUUCCAUCUCUUUCUGAUCUGGACAUUGUUCAGUUCUCGAGCGGCGAAAUGAUGGGCAAUGGGUUUGGUGAAACGUCCUUGAGCUUGGAUCAGCUAUACUCUGGCUAUUAGACCAAAUCGUUCUUGGCUUUUUUUUUCUGGUUUCUCUUCUUGAAUGUGGUCGCAAGCAGCUAGAGUAUAUGGUGUGAUACAUAAAAAUCUUACUGCGAGGAUGCAGAAUACCAAAUUCCUAC